GCGAAUUGUGUGUGAACAAGAACAAAAAUGGAGGAAAAGAAUGUAAAAGAUACGUUAGCAGAAAAUACAUACAACUUUAAGCUAUCUAAAUGUACUCUAAAGACAUUGGUUGUCGUAGCCAUCUUCAAAAUGAUUGUCUUACUCACUGUUGUCGUGUACUGGCGCAUAUUAAGAGAACACAAGGUCGUACAUGUAUUAGAAUGGUGUUCAGAAUUAGACAUUGCUAGUCAAGGGAAUCCAGGUCUUCUUGGACAGCUUAUAGUAAAGACUGACAAAAAUACAAAUCGAAACAAAGCAUGUGGCAAACUAAAUACAAUGUUGAAAACAGUUGUAAAUAUGAAUAUACAGGACAGCUACGACAGUGACGCUUGUCCAGAAAUUAUUGAUUUAGAUAUCAAAGCAUUCAACUGCACAGUUGCAAAGAAAGUUGAAUCUACGUUACGUCUUAAUUACAUAACCUCACAGGCAAAACCAGGUAUGUUUGAAACAUUUGAAAUUGAUUAA